GCCUCAACGCAGAGACACGGGUGGUAAGGGGCACCUCUGGGACAAAGCAGACGGGAUUAGGGAGGAGAGAAGAGCAAGCCCUGAAAGCAGUCACAGCGGAGCAGUGCCGUGGUGCGUGCGUGACAGAUAAGGCGACGCGGAGGAGAAAUCCGUCUGAAAAGUGGCCCUCUGCCUUCCGCUGAGAUCAGGUGAACUGUCGCACGGGGCAGCGGAGAGGAGGGCAAGGCAGCCACGGUCUGGGGACCGGGAUGCGUUUCAAGGUCGUCAGAGUGCGAUUAGCCUCCGUAUGUUGAGGUUAACAAGCGCUGGUUCUGAGACUAGAUGGCAGCCAGAAGGAGCUCCAGGAAAGUAAACCCUAAAGCGGCGUGGGGGACUCCAGGACGAGGCGGCGCUGGGAGCUCAGAGGGAAGAGGAAGCAACCAGCAGCGGAAGCACACGGGAGCCCACUAAGGGGCUGCGGGACAGAAAAAAGGAGAGGCCAGCUCUGGGAAGUUCUGCGGACAGGACGGAGCUGGACAGAACUGCUGCGUCAGGGGCUGGGUUUCUGAAGAGACCUGUUUGCUUUGUGGACAGGCCAGGAUACAGGGCUUUUGAACCCUGGCUCUAGCGGAGCUGGCCCACCCAUGAAUCACCAAAGGGGCGGGAGGCGUUGCAGCUGAGCCGCAGUGGGUUAACAACCCGCCUUGCGUCUGCGGCGGUGCAGGUUCAAUUCCCCACCAGCGCAGUGGGGUAAGGACUGGGCGUUGCCACAGCUGUGGCACAGGUUGAGUGGCGGCUCAGGUUCGAUCCCUGGGAACUUCCGUGUGCUGCGGUUGUGGGAAGAAAGAAAGGGAGGGAGGGAGGGAGGAAAAGGCAAGAAGAGGCUACAAGUUAGAGCUGGCGUGUCUCUAGCCUGGGCAGCGGGAAUUGAGUGGCACUGAUGUGAAUCCCUCGGAUUUGCACCCGUUGCAGGGGCUCGCGGGCCACACUGUGGACACAGCCGACUAAGGAGACCCCUGACAAAAAGCCAGGACCAUUGUGGGCCAGUCUCAGGGUUGGUGGUGCCACGGUUUACAACCAGGGUGAUGCCUGGCGGGCUUCUCUCACGGAUUCCGAUGCUGACAGCUGCCCCCAGGCUGGAGGGCAGGAUGAGGUGAGGGCUGCCCCUGCUCUGGCCUUGCGGGCAUUGUGGACUGGGGUCAUACAGCACCCCACGCAAAUCUCGGCCCAGCCGCGAGGAAGGCUUUCGGCCUUUGCAGGAAGUGAGGUCUCUCCCUCCUCCGCCUGGAGCCAGGAACAGAGGAAAAAGGAAGCCAGGGCCCCCCCGGCUCGCGCCCGAGGCAUGGAGAUCCGAACCCGGCCAGGACGCCGUGCGGGGGAGCCUGGUGCCCGGCGCUCGGAGGGCCGGAUCCGAGAGGGGCAGGGCCGGCCCAGGGUCACGGGCGAAGGCAUCCCGGCCCCGGAGCAGAGCUCUGCUCCCGAGUCACCUGCAGGGGCCGCAGCUCAGGGAGCAGGGGGCGUGGGCCUCGGAAGAGCCGGUGCCGCGGUUUGGGAGAUGCCCAGCUGUAGCCCCUUGACGGCCCGAGGGCCGCCUGCCCUUCACCUGCCGGCUCCCGUCCCGCCGAGUCGGUACAUGGGCAGCACGUGGCCCGGACGCCGCUCCGUUGCUUGUGGGCUCGCUCCACCGCCGCCGUGUUGCAGGGACUCCGGGCAAGGCCGUCCGUCCCUCCACAAGGCCGACCCUGUGGCCAGACGGCCCUCCCAACCCGGUCACCUGCGGGGCCAACCAGACCGACUGGGAGCCCGGGACGGCCUCCGCGGGGCAGCUGCCGCCUGGGCCCAGGACCACAGUCCGCGGCCCCGCCCGCUCGGCCCUGUGCCGUCUGCUCCUGCCGGGUCCACAGUUCUGAGCCGGAACUCCUGCACCUCAGCCUUGGCCCCUGGGAGCAGUUGGGGUUCACUGCCCGCCCCCGCAGCGCCCCACGGAGUCCUGGUUGCCAAGCAGGUUGCCAUGGAUGCGAGCCAGCGGCGGUGGGGGGGACUGCUGAGGAGCGGAGGCGUGGUGAUCGCGCGGGGCGUGGGAGUGGACAGCAGUGACCAAAGGGACAGAGUCAGGGUGCUGCCCUCAUUUGAACACCCAGAGGCCUCUGACGGUCUGUGUGCAUCAGUUGUGUGCGCAGCGCCGUGUUCAGCGGAGAACGCCAAAAAAAGCAAUUUUAGAUGCAUGGCAAAGCCGAGCAGGAAGUACAGCGUCCCCCACGGCCACCGAAUCAGCACGGCACAUCCUUCUCACUCAAAGCCCACGGCUGAUGUCAGGGCUUCCUCUUGGUAUCGCACAUUCUGUGGAUUUUUACGAACGUGUGAGACACACAGCCACCGUUAGAGCUUCAUACUGAAGAGUUUCGCUGCCUUGAGAAGCCUCUGUGUUCCAGCUGUUCACCCCUCCUGCCCCCCAAAACCACUGCUUUUUUUCCUUCAUAGUUUUGCCUUUUUCAGAAUGUCAUAGAGUUGGAAUUAGGUAGCCUCUUCAGAUUGAUUUCUUAGUAAUAUUCAUUUAAGCUCUUCUGCAUGUUUUUUACGCUUGAUAGCUCAUUUCUUUUUAG